CGCACAAUUUGACGUUUCCGUAACCCGCCUUACGGAAGGAGCCCCCGCCGGCGACUAUGGCGACCGCCACGGAGCAGUGGGUGCUGGUGGAAAUGGUACAGGCGCUGUACGAGGCUCCUGCUUAUCAUCUUAUUUUGGAAGGAAUUCUAAUACUCUGGAUAAUUAGACUUCUUUUCUCUAAAACUUACAAGUUACAAGAACGAUCGGAUCUUACAGUCAAGGAAAGGGAAGAGUUGAUUGAAGAGUGGCAACCAGAACCUCUUGUUCCUCCUAUCUCCAAAGACCAUCCUGCUCUGAACUACAACAUUGUUUCAGGCCCUCCAAGCCACAACAUUGUGGUGAAUGGAAAAGAAUGUAUAAACUUUGCCUCAUUUAAUUUUCUUGGAUUGUUAGAUAACCCUAGGAUAAAGGCAGCAGCUUUAGCAUCUCUAAAAAAGUAUGGCGUGGGGGCUUGUGGACCUAGAGGAUUUUAUGGCACAUUUGAUGUGCAUUUGGAUUUGGAAGACCGCCUGGCAAAAUUUAUGAAGACAGAAGAGGCCAUUUUAUACUCGUAUGGAUUUGCCACAAUUGCCAGUGCUAUUCCUGCCUACUCGAAGAGGGGGGACAUUGUGUUUGUAGAUAAAGCUGCCUGCUUUGCUAUUCAGAAAGGAUUACAGGCAUCACGUAGUGACAUUAAGUUAUUUAAACAUAAUGAUAUGGCUGACCUGGAGCGACUGCUGAAAGAACAAGAGAUUGAAGAUCAAAAGAAUCCUCGCAAGGCUCGUGUAACUCGACGUUUCAUUGUAGUGGAAGGGUUGUAUAUGAAUACUGGAGCUAUUUGUCCUCUUCCAGAAUUGGUUAAGUUAAAAUAUAAAUAUAAAGCAAGAAUCUUUCUGGAGGAAAGCCUUUCAUUUGGAGUUCUAGGUGAGCACGGCCGGGGAGUCACUGAACACUAUGGAAUCAAUAUCGACGACAUUGAUCUUAUCAGUGCAAACAUGGAAAACUCCCUUGCUUCCGUCGGGGGUUUCUGUUGUGGCAGGUCCUUCGUCAUUGAUCACCAGCGACUUUCUGGCCAGGGCUACUGCUUCUCAGCUUCAUUACCUCCCCUGUUAGCUGCCGCUGCGAUUGAGGCUCUCAACAUCAUGGAAGAGAAUCCAGGUAUUUUUGCGUUGUUGAAGGAAAAGUGUGAACAAAUUCAUAAAGCAUUACAAGGCAUUUCUGGAUUAAAAGUGGUGGGGGAGUCGUUUUCUCCAGCAUUUCACCUACAGCUAGAAAACAGCACUGGGUCUCGAGAAGAUGAUGUUAAACUACUUCAGGAAAUUGUAAAUCAAUGCAUGAACAGGAGUGUCGCGUUAACUCAGGCGCGCUACUUGGAGAGAGAAGAGAAGUGGCUUCCUCCUCCGAGUAUUAGAGUUGUGGUCACAGUGGAGCAAACAGAAGAAGAACUGGAGGAAGCCGCUGCCACGAUCAAAGAGGUGGCCCAGGCCAUUCUGCUUUAGGCUGUGUCUCAGGGCCUGAUGGGAAGCCUUCCACACAAGGAAACAGAACCCCUCUGUGUUGCUGUGGAGUGUGGGCUUCUCAGAGACCUCAGGCUGGCCACGGAGAACCUAAAGGAGAGCUUGUAGGUGUUUCCCGUGUGGAUACGGACCAAAUGUGUGACUGUGCAGAAGAUGCUUACUAUUUCUAAAAAAAGAAAAUGUAGCUAAAAGCCCAGGAACUGAUUUUUUAAAGAGGAAAACUAAUGACAGUGCAUAAGUGGUAUUUAAAUUGUGCUAUUUAGUACUCUUUAAAUGUUUUGUUAUACUACUAUUUUAUAUUCUUUUUUGUUAUUGUUUAAAAAUGGACCUUCAGUGUCUCUUCUCUCCCUUUCAAUAGUAAAGAUGCUGUAAGCACUCCUUAACACCCUAGUUCAUGUAAAAAUGACUUUGAAACAUUAAAGUCAGUACAUAUGAUACAAGAUUUAUUACUGAAGAUUUGAUUCAGCCAGUUUCCAGUCUUCAUCAUGUGAAGCUAAAUGGUGGCUAAUAUAUAAAGGAACACUUUUUGUGUGAUUAUUAUAAACUUUUCAUUAUAAAAGAAUUUUUAUAUACAUAAAAUAUUGAUGUUAGACCAUUUCUAACAGCUAGUCUUAGCAUCCUUAACCAGAGAAUAUUCAUUAUGCAUCCAAAGUGAGCAAUAAUUUAAAUCAAAUACUAUUUUAAUAUAUUUAGUUGAUCUUUACAUUUAUUAUGUGUUGACUUCUGAUCUGUUUUAGGAAGAGGGUUAUUGUGAGGAUUCAAAAUUAUAAAUCAUGUCUUUGGUAUUUUAGAGUAUCUUGAAUGUAUUCUUUUUUUGUACAGUGGGUUUGCCUAGGGACAUAUACCUACCAGGCUAAGAAAAAUGAGGUGUUUUUUUUUAAGCUUAUGAAUUCCAAAUAUCUAAAAAAAGAUGUGAAAGCACUAAAAAUAAAAUUUUUAAACUGUACUUGAGCUAUAUUUUUUUCCCGGGCAAACCAAGGUAAAUGGCUUAAAGUUGUGUGCUAUGUGCCACAAGGCAGCCCAUAAGUACUACACUGUACACUCCUCUUGCUAACUAAUGGUAAAGGAUAAAAUUGUACAAAAGUCGUUUUUCUAACCUAUGUUCAUAUUAACAAAUGGUCUUCAAUGUCUUUUUAAAUUACACACUGUAUUUCUCACUGUUGCAUUUCUCUUUUGCUGGAAGUGCCUUGUGACUGCUGCUGCUUUAAAUGACACAGUGCUCUUGGGGGAUGGAUCUGUUUGUUUUGUUUUUUAAUGAAAUAAACCUACAUUCAUGAUGAUCA